CCCCGGCACCCCCAGUGCGGCCUGGCCGACGCCCUCGGCUACUUCUCCCUGCAGCCGGUGCAGGUGGCCAAGGGGCUGAUGAUCCCCUCGCUGGUGGUGACGGUGCUGGGGCUGGUGGUGGCUGCGCUGGGCGUGCGCUGCUGGCAGGAGGAGCCGCACUACCUGCUGGCGGGCAUCUCCGGGACCAUCCUCUUUGCCUCUGGGCUGAUGAGCCUCAUCCCCGUGGCGUGGUACAACCACUACCUCAGCGCCCUGCCUGCCCCCGCGGCCAACGCCCAGGAGGUGGGUUACAGCCUGGUGCUGGGCUACUUGGGCAGCUGCCUGGAGCUCAUCGGGGGCUUCUCCCUGGCGCUCAGCCUCCACCAGAGCUGCAAGGAGUGCAGGAGAACGAAGGCGGCCGCCAAGUACCCCCACAGCAGCCAGCAGGGCCCCGCCGCCGUCCCGUCCCCCGACUUGGUGCCCUACCGCCAGAAGCCGGCUCCCCAGGCCUUCAGCAACCCCAUGGACGUGCUGGAGGGAGAAAGAAGCUACCGGCGCCCCCCGCCCUGCGACUCCGACUUGUAGUCCCGCCGCGGCCGGUGCGGCCCCUGCCGCCGUGAGCAGCGAAACGCUAGCGGAGAGCAGCCCCGGCCAGCUGGAGGGCCAGGCUUGUGGCAGCAAGGACCUGUCCCUGCCUCUGGGCAGAAGGCGCCUCCCGCUGCAGCUGGGAUGGUGGAGAGUUUGAUGCUCCAGCCUGAAACUGCAGCCAAGUGACUUAGGAUCCUCCAUCUCCUUGCAAGUCCAUGGGAUUUAGGCUCCUCGUGGCUUACUUUGGGCAAAAUGUUCAAGAGUCUCUAGGGCUUUUCAGUGGCAGCCCACCUUGAGGAGUGGGGCCAAGUGACUUAGGAGCCUGAUGCCACUUCCCUGGGAGAUGCUGGAUAUGCAGCGCUGG